UGACGUAAAGGUUUGCAUCAAAUGAAUGGUUAUUUAUUUUUUAAAUUAAACAGAACAAUAUAUGUGGCUAGCUGGCUAUUCAUACUGAAAAAAAACUUUAAUGUAUCUGCUGGUUUUAUAUAUUUUUUAAAAAAAUUGUACUAGAAAAUUCACUUGUGCGAAGUUUUUGCAUAAAAUACUGAUAGCAUUGCAAUAUACCUGAGUUUACUGAAAGUUAUUGGACGUUUAAUAAAAAAAUGGUGAAAAAUUGCAAGUAUUGUAAAAACGAGGAACAAAAAUUGCAAGAAGAGUUGAUUCGAUGUGCAUCAUGUAAAGGAUUUUGCCAUCCAUCAUGCCUAGAGUUACCAAGCAAUAUAGUUCCAGCUGUGAAGUUGUAUGACUGGCAGUGUAAUGAUUGUAAACACUGUUAUGAAUGUAGUGAUAUUGCAAACGAGGAUCAAAUUUUGUUUUGCGAUGCAUGUGAUCGUGGUUAUCAUAUGUAUUGUGCGAAACCUAAAUUAAAGAAGAAACCAAAAGGAGAUUGGUUUUGUCCCAUAUGUGUCGAAACACGAAAAAAAGAAAGUUCUAAAAAAUCCAGUUCAACUACUGAUGCUAACAGUGAAAAAACAACAGAAAAAGAUCCUAGAGAUACAAAAGAAAAUAAUAGCGUCAAACCUCUCCCAGUUGCAAAAAAGUAUAGCCCAACAAAAUCUUGUCCAUUUCCUGGUUGUGAUGGGACUGGGAAUGUUCGUUCUAAUAGCUCAGUGCAUUUCGCUAUUACCCAGUGUCCAAUGUCUCGUGAUGAAAGAAAAAGAGAACGAGAGCUAUUGGCUUCCAACCAAAAUGAAGACAGUGAACCACUGGUAAAACAGGCUAAAAAUAUUGAACCAAACAACAAGCAGAAUAAAGAGGAUGGAGUUGAUCCUGUCCCACCAUCCUUCAAGCAGACACCUAUUGAGCACAUUGUUUCAAAAACCGAUAUCGACUUAUUUAACACUGCAAGUAGGGAAGCACUGGAACUACUGGCACUCGAUAGAGAAAUGGCACCUAACCCAGAUGGAUUAAAAAGCAUAGUAUUUGGUGAUGUAGAGAUACAGGCAUGGUAUAAAUCCCAAUAUCCUUUGGAAUUCUCAAGAAUACCAAAGCUGUACAUAUGCGAGUUUUGUCUUAACUACAUGAAAACAGAGACCAUAUAUAAGAGACACAUGGCAAAAUGCAGCACUCUUCACCCCCCUGGCGAUGAAAUUUACAGAAAAGAUGGACUAUCUGUGUUUGAAGUAAACGGUCAAACUGCUACGACCUAUUGUCAAAAUCUCUGUCUGAUGGCUAAACUUUUCCUUGAUCACAAAACGUUAUGGUUGGAUGUUGCACCCUUUUUGUUCUACGUAAUGACAAUAGUUGACAAUAACGGCUGUCACAUUGUUGGAUACUUCUCCAAGGAGAAGGUUUCGUUUUUAAACUACAAUGUCUCAUGUAUCCUGGUUAUGCCACACUACAUGAAAAAAGGUUAUGGUAGGAUGCUGAUCGAUUUUAGUUAUCUGCUUUCAAAAGUCGAAGGGAAAACUGGUUCCCCAGAGAGACCUUUAUCUGAUUUAGGACUUGUGUCUUAUCGGAAGUUUUGGGCUGAUAAGUUGCUUCGGUACCUGAUGGCUUUUAACGAAGAACACAUCAGUAUAAAAGGAAUAAGCGAGCAAAUGUCUAUACAUGCUAACGAUGUGAUCAGUACCCUUCAAUACUUGGGCAUGUUGAAAUACUGGAAAGGAAAGCAUCUAAUCUUGUUGAAGAAAGAAAUCAUCGAGGAGUACGCUUCAAAAGUAAAAGAACGACCCAGUGAUUACAAAGAGAUCGAUUUAAACUCGUUGAGAUGGAAACCAACCACGUACAAGUGACCCUUCCCCGUAGAUGUUCUGAACGCAUAUUAAUAACGCACUGCCGAUGUAGUAGUCACAUAAAGAUUUGAGUGGUGUGCCAUAGGUGUUCUGUUAGUAAAGAAAAUUGGUAGCGAUGUCGGAUAAGUGGAACAGCCACUGAGGAUUGACGUCAGGGUGCUCACAUGAACAUAUUUUUGGUCGUUUUUCGAUUUUGUUGGCUCAUUUUUGUUACCUUUAAGCCUUUCGGUUAUUUAUUUAAACCAUUUUUUUUGUUUUGUAUCUUGAAGUUUUAAGUUAUGUAAAAAAAGAAAUUUUCAGCUUUUAA